AUGCAAACAUCAUAUAAAACGCAUGAUAAUUAUCAAGAAGACAUUGAAUAUAAACAUCAUAAACCAGUAAAAUAUAGUCGAAGUCAUGAUACUAAUGAUCAAAGACAAUACUUACAAUACCAAUCAUCUUAUAAUAAUAAUCGUUCAAUGGCUUCCACUUUUAGGCAUUCUAUACGUCAUUUAACAUCGUGUGCUUCAGCAAGACGAAAACCCGGUCGUAAUUCAAGUUCGAAUAAACAAAAUUCAUCAACAGUUGAAACAAAUGUUACACAUGAAGAUGAAUAUCGACAUUCAACUAAAACAUCUUUAUUACCUAAAAAAUCUUCAUCAUCACAGAAAGAAUAUAAUCGUCUUGCUGGAGCUACAACACAAUCGACUAAUCAAGAUAUUCCACCCGCUUUACCACCACGUAAACCAUUGGAUAAAAAGCACAGUGUUCAAAUGCCAUCAACAACACGAAAUCCAUCUGUAGGCGAUAAUACAUCAUCGCAAAUAUCAUCUAGUACAGCCGAUGACAUAUCAUCAUCACCAUCAUUGGCUCCUCCUCGUGUUUUACCUAAUAAAGAGAUUAGUACAAGUUUAGUUAAUUUAAUGGGUACUGCAUCAGAUGCAAUCAGUAUCAAUGAUACAACACAACCAAUAACACAAGAAACUCAACAACGUAAACAUAGUGUUGUCGACUUUAUUCAGCGUUUAUCUACAGCACCCGCUACUACAGUCGAUCGAUUGGGAUUAUUUGAAUCAUUAUCUAAUGUCGGUACAACUGGUACAAUUGAAUCACCAUCAUCACAGCGAACAGUUUUUAUUGGUAAUCAUACACCUAUAACAUAUAUUAAACCAACAAAUGAAUAUGCAUGGUGUUUUGAAAGUUCAACUACUAUACAUGGAAAUAGUGGAACAAGUAUUGAUGAAUGUUUACCUCAACUUGAAAUUGAUGAUAAACCAUUGAUAUAUCGUCAACAAUUUCAAGCAAAAGAACAUUUUAAUUGGUAUGGUAUCAGUGAAAGUCAAGGACCUGUUAUUAUUUCAUAUAAACAUUCUAUUGAUCAAAAUAAACAAAGAUCUAUAAUGUCGAUUGUUAGAAUACGUCAACGAACAUCUAUUGAAACUCUAUUGGACAUACAUCCAUCAUGUACUCCUUCUGAUAUAUUACGUCGAAUAUGUGAACAAUGUGCUAUUGCAGAUGUUGAAUAUUUUGAUCCGGUGCUGUGUGAUGGCGCACAUGAUUUAUUAUUAAAAUAUGAUGAAUCUCUUGUAUCUAAUCAACAUAAAUAUGGUAUAAUAUAUCAACGUGAAAAUCAAUUAACUGAAGAAGAUAUAUUUAGUAAUGAAACACAUAGUAUUGCUAUGGAUAAAUUUCUUGAUUUAAUUGGUACACGUGUUAAACUAAAAGAUUUUCGAGGAUUUCGUGGUGGUCUUGAUGUUAAAUCAGAUCAAACAGGAACUGAAUCAGUAUAUGAACAGUUUCGUAAUCAUGAAAUAAUGUUUCAUGUUAGUACAUUAUUACCACAUUCAAAAAGUGAACGACAACAACUUGAACGUAAACGUCAUAUUGGUAAUGAUAUUGUUGCAAUUGUUUUUCAAGAAACAGAAACAAAAUUUAAUCCUGAAUGUAUAGUAUCACAAUUUUUACAUGUUUAUCUUGUUAUAACACCAUUAAAUAAUGAUGGUACACAAUUUAAAGUAUCUGUUAUUCAUCGUGAUAGUGUACCAUCAUUUGGACCAAAUUUUAAUCAUUCAACAAUAUUUCAUUGUGAUCAUAUAUUUAAACAAUGGUUAUUAACAAAAUUAAUUAAUGCUGAAAUGGCAUCAUGUCGUGCAAGUACAUUUCAAAAAUAUCAAGAACGUACAAAAAUGAAUUUAUUUGAAAAUUUAUAUCGUACAUUACAUGAUAAUAAUCGUCCAUUAAUGAAUUUUAUUUUAUAUAAUAGUCAAUAUAAACAUGAAUGUGAUAUUGAACAACAACAACAACAACAACAAAAAGAAGAAAUACAAAAUAAUUCUUCUAUUAAAUCACCUGAUCGUCAUGCUGAUAGUUCAUUACUUGGUUCUGUACGACGUCGUUUUAUUGCACCAAAAUUACGUAUACAAAAUUCGACAACUACUGAUAAUGGAAAAUCAUCACCAGCACCAACAACUAAUAUACUAUCACCAUCAUCAAAUAAUACAAAUGAUUCAAGAUCUAAAGUACGUUCAAUGACAAUGGAUUUACGACGAAGUGUAUCACGUGAAUCAAUUACAACAAAUGGAAAUAAUACGACUAAAAUGACUUCGUUCUUUUCAUCAUCAAAAACUAAUAGUCCUCGACUUGAUAAACAAACAGCAAAUCGUUCUUCAUUAGAUCAUGAAAAUAUUGAUUCAGCAUCAAAUUUACGUUCCAAUACAAAAUUUUUAUCACCUGCAACAUGUCCAUCAUCACCAUGGACACCAACAUCAACUAAUGGUUAUCCAACAUCACCAUCAAAUGAAUGGAAUCAUAAUGGUGAUACUUAUUCACAUGCAACAUCUAUAUUGAAUACAACAUUUAAUUUUAAUAAUAAAUUACCAUCAGAUGAUAUAGAUAAUGAUAUUCAUAUGUCAUUUUUACCUGAUGAUCUUCAAGCAACUUCAAAAGAUGAUUUAAUUAAAUUUGUUAUUGCAUUACAACAACAACAUUCAUUAAGAAUAGCUCAAAUGGAUCAAAUUCAUUCGAAUGCAUUAAAACAACUUGAAACGCAAUUAUUGCAACAAAAAAAUAUCAUUCAUCGAGAUAAUUCAUAA